GUGUGUUGUAGGCGUAGGUCUUCGUCUGUGCUGGUAUAUUGCUUUCAAGAGUGUCAAGUGUCACUGGCAAGACUAAAAUUGAACGCAUGUUCAUGCAUAGUGUAUAAUUAAUGUAAUGAUACUGAUUUAUGUAUCGUGACAUGAGUAGUAUGUACUGUUAGUCACUGUUAGUAGUGUUAGUUUAUGAAUUCGUUAGUGUAUGAAUUCCUUCGUGAACUACUUCUAAAAAAAUAAUGUUUUAUUUGUAGCCGUUGCGGCAUUGACUUUAAGAUUCUGUACUCAAACUGUUGUCGUUGUUCUUUCGGAUGUAGUGUAUCACUUUCUUGAAAAUGAAGUUUAGGUAAUCUACCACUUGAGCGUCCUCCAAGAAAAAAUCCAGCUGUUCCUGUUGAAAGGCUAUUUAAACAACUAUUCUUAUAUUAUUUUUAAUGACAUUGGAUGUACGUAUUCAUUCCCAUAAUAAUAGACAAUUUUUUAAUAAACAAUUAAAAAAUAAACAAUAAACAACUAUAACAAUUUUUUUGAAAUAGAAGAUAAUGUGUGAACAUGUAAUGGAAUUAUGCAUAGUUCUCCCCCGCUCCAAGUUGACUAUGAAGUUUAAAAAAAUAUAAUUUCCACGAAAAUGGUUGUGGUACAUGAAUCCACGUAAAUAUGAAGGGGAAAGAUCACCGGUGCUUCUUGUGCCAAACUGUCUUUUCAGUUAAGGCUUUCUGAGCAUUCACGUUUUCCACAUUCUGUGUGUGGACAUCCAUGUUAUCUGGAUAAAAAAAAAUAAUUGUAGUCUCUUUUUCUUCCUGGCAUAUCGGUAGCUUGGCAAGUAAUAAUUAUUUAAAUGUAUUAGUAUUGUGCUAUAUAACUUUAUAGCCUCUAUACAGAAGCAAAAAUAUUAACAGACUCCAUGUAAGAAUAGUUGUUUAAAUAGCCCUACCAUCCGGAAAAACUGGAUUUUUUCUUGGCCGACGCUGAAGUGGUAGAUUACCGAAGUUUAAUAAAACUGAGAACUUUGAUACUAUCAUAUAAUCAUAAUCAUAAUCAUACUAUUUUCAGUACAAAAGGCCCUAACCUUAGUGAUUAGUGACUUAGGAGACUAUAUAAAUAGCCAAUAGGCUAUACAAUUUAAUAGAUUUAGGCUACUGACUCUCAAUGAAAUGGCUUUAGGCCGAUUGAUAGUUAAUAAGCCCUAAUGAUUAGGCUAAACUAAAUAGAUUUGUAAAUAAUAGUCUGUUCCAUCGCAGGGGUGCCUUCACCCAGCAGGGCCUGCCUUUGCUGCAGGCAACUACCCGAAGCGUCAAAUUCUAGGGGCGUUAUUUUUAUCCACAAUAAAAUAUUAUUUUUAUACUUAAUUUCACAGAAAAUAAACCAAUGUGGAUAAAGGGUAGGCCCUAUAACAGCUUUUUGAACGUAAUAAUUUGACAUCCAAAACUAUAUUUGUUACAAAAUUUUAACUGUUUGAAAACAUAACCAGCAUUUAUUGAUAAUAAUAAUACUACAUUGCAUAUAUUUAUAGAGAGCGCGCCAAGUGAUCAGUUUUUCAAAAGUUUUAUUUAGGCUGUUUUAAAAAAAAAAAAUUCCAUUUAAAAUGUUAUUUUAUGCUAUAAAAUUGCUUAUAAACAUGAAAUUUAUUGUUAUUGAUUUUUUAGGGAAAAGUUUAUGUAAAUUAUUACAUUCAUUGAGGUAAAUGUUGUCAAUUUGUAUUAGAAAAUAUGUGUGGGGAGGGAAAGAGCGGGAAUGCAUAAAAACAUAUCUAUUGAUGUUGAGCCAAUUUUUCAACCUUCAACUUAAUUAGCUCUUCAUAUAUAAAAAAAAAAAUAGGGGCAGUUUCAUUAUGAAGCUAUUGAAGUUGACUGAAACCUUGUUAUUGUGUUGAAAUCUUCAGUAUCAUGGUUGAUACUGGUAUUAAUUAUUUUAUAGAACGUUUAUAGCCAAUAAAACAUUGCAUUAAUUACUGGUAUUAUCGUUGAAAAAUUUACAACUACAAAAUUUGAAUUAUGUGCCAAAAAUACUUUGCAUUGUACAUAUGCAGAAAAUCAACGCUCAAUGUUCUUGUAUGUUUAAAGUCAAUGUUUUUUUUCAAAUUUGUAGUUUCUCUUCAAAUUUUGCUGAUAAAUAAAGUCAGCUUUGCAACUGGAGAAAGAACUUUUCUAAACAUAGAUUGAUUAAAAGUCAGAAAAGCUAAAAUAAUUAGCUAUUUAUGUCUGUUGAAAAUAACGUUGCCAGUUGACUACAUUAUUGGGAUGUCAUAGGUGCUUUGCUACCACAAAAGCCAGAAAAAUUUGUUGUAGAAUUGUAAAUUAGUUUUGAUUCCAAUAAUUUUUUUUUUUUUCAAUUCAAAAAUUUCAUACUAACUGCAUGCUGGAAGGAAGAAUUUUUUCUUGUUAUAGUUAUGUAAAAGUCACCUUAAUUUCAAACAGAUAAGUUUUCAAUGUUCUAUAUCAGGCCUGCACAACUCAAAAUGUUAUUAAGAAAAUAAUAAGAAUAAAGAAUAUUUCGUUACUUUGCGGGCCACAGAGCUAGCUGAAACAUUAUGCUCUCUACAUUUCUACACAAAAAUAUAAAAAUAAAUAAAACAAUAUUCAGGCUGCAAUGCUAUUGUCAGUUACAAAAAAAAAAAAAAAAAAAAAAAAAAAAAAUUUCAAGCAACAAUGCUAUUUUAAAUUAAAAAAAAAAAAAAAAAAAAAAAAAAAAAAUUAGCUGUCAUAUUAUAGAAAGUGUCUGUUGCAUAUUUAGGCUAAGAUUGUGGAUAUAGUAUUUAUGAUUAGUAGUGCCUAUAUGUUAUUAAGAAAAUAAUAAGAAUAAAGAAUAUUUCGUUACUUUGCGGGCCACAGAGCUAGCUGAAACAUUAUGCUUUCUAUAUUUCUACACAAAAAUAUAAAAAUAAAUAAAACAAUAUUCAGGCUGCAAUGAUAUUGUCAGUUACAAAAAAAAAAAAAAAAAAAAAAAAAAAAAAAAGAGAAAAAUACAUUGAAAAUAAAAAAAAAAAAAAAAAAAAAAAAAAAAAAAUUAGCUGUCAUAUUAUAGAAAGUGUCUGUUGCAUAUUUAGGCUAAGAUUGUGGAUAUAGUAUUUAUGAUUAGUAGUGCCUAAUUUAUAAAAUAUAAUAAAGGUGAAAAUUAUUGUUAAUAUUAAACUGAUCAAUAUCAAUAGUCUGCAAUAUCCUUAGAGAUAUGCCUACUAAAAAGCAUAUGGCUCAUAACUUUUAAUGUUAAAAUAUUAAAUGUAAUUAUUGUCUAGAAAAACUGAUAUAGUUUUUUUAUAAAAGAAUAUAAAUCAUUUGAGGCUCUAAGUUGUGCCUAAAUAUUUUUUUUUUUUGGUUGUGUUUUCCAUCUGAUAUUUAUGCUUAUUAUGGACUAAUUGAGAGAUAGGAAUGGACAGAUUUAGGCCUAUAUUUAGUUAAAAUUUUCAUUGUAAGUUCUAAUUGAACAUUAUUAAUUGUGAACUUUUUUAUAAGAUUCUAUACUGUAGUAGGCCUAUAGUUAAACUAUUAUUUUGAGAAAAAUUAAUAUUCUUUUUAAUUUUUUAAUUGCACCUGUAUCAUUCAUUCAAAACAAGGUCAGUCUGAUUGUCAAGUAAGCACACGAAGGCCAUGGCUGAGCCGGCAGCCCACAAGGAUGAGACUAUAGACACACAUUCCGAACAUCCACACCAUCAUCAUCAAAGCCACCAUGCCCAUUUCCUGAUCCCCCAAGACCAAGGUAAUGACUUGUAAAUCUUAUUUUCUUGUAACAAGCUCUACCAUACUGACAAAAUUUUGAAAUAGUCAGCUGAUUAACAAAAUAAAUCUUAAGAUGACUAUGAAAGGUCAGGGAUGCGAUUUAGAAUUGGGGGGAGGGGGGGGUUGAUAACCCUUAAAACACAAGAUUAUUGCAGAGAUUAUCUGACUUACCUUGUCAAGAAGAUCUAUACACCCAUCAGAUUAUAGUUUUUGCCAACUCGUAUAUUUAAACACAGGUGAUAGCAGAAUUCACUUUCUUGCAGAUGAUCUCAGCGCUCACGACUCCAAGAUUUUGUUUGAGGCACUUUCCGAGAACUCGGUCAAUGUGAGGCUAGGCUUCCUACAGUACAAACAUGUUUACGAGGUGCACUUUUCAAUCGAGCACGAGCUGGGGAAAGAGAUCAACUUCAAUGCUUUAGACAGUCUCAAUGCUAAGAUUGACUCGGCCAAGCCUUCUGAGAAUGGUGAGGAAAAUUUUUUGUGAGACACAUGAACCCCAUUUUUAAAAUUUUAUUAGGGGAGACUAGUUACAGUUUUGUUGAAAAGAAUAUUGUCAUAAAUUUAAAAUAUAUGAAUUUAUGUUCAAACAAGCUUUGACAGGAAAAAAACCUUGAAUGGGUGCAGUGGUGUAACUAGGGUUGGCGUCACCCGGUGUGGUAAGCUCAAUGUGUCACCUACUUGGGACUUCCACGAUGGAUUUCUUCUAAUUAACAUAAGGACGCAGUAUAACAAAGAUAAGAACAAAAACAGAAUUAAUUGAAGUGAAUGUCUUGAAGUAAAUGUAUUUAAGAACUUUAACUUGUACUUAUAAUCGCCCGACCACAUUGUAUUUGGUAUAAAUGGUAAGCUUUAUUUUUCAGAAUUUAGAUAAAUAUAGCUUCCUGUCACUUACAAAAGUUACCAAACACUUUCAUCGGCAUUGAAUCAGGGUCGAAACGUUGUUUUUCUGACCUAACUAUAGGGUCACCUCAUUUCUGACGCAUAAACCUUGAACUUUUAAUAAAGCUGACAUUUCGAUGGGUUACAAGUGCGGAACAUUUAUUCGGGAUCGGUUAUCCUUUUAUGAAAUUUGGUUAGACCCAGCAGUGUGUGCUCUGUAAAAGUGUGAUUUUUCCAAUUUGGUGUCACCCCCCCCCCCUGAGAUGGUGUCACCCCCCCCUUGAGAUGGUGUCACCCAGUGCGGUCGACACCCUCCCUUGCUACGCCACUGAAGGGAUGUCAGUCCAAUUUCUGAUACAAAAUUACAGUGUCUUUAAAAACGUGUUUUAUAUAAUUUAGUUUUACAUUUUAUAAUUGUAAAAGAAUUUGUCUUGCAGGUCAAGGCCAUGAUAUAGUACUGGUAUUUAGUGCAGUGAAAGAAAAACUCAUGCAGGAAUCAAUCACAUUGACGAGUAAGGAAAACCCCUCAAAGAUCCUGACCCUCGUUUUCCAUGCUCGUGUUCUUGGUAAGUGUAUAUUGUGGCGAACCGUUCUUUUGGACACUGUAGCCUCCUGGGAAUGGCCACACUCUUUUUUUUUUUUUUUUUUUUUUUUUUUUUUUUUUNAACGUGUGUGUUUAAAAUCUGAAUUCCUUACGUUUGAAAGGAUUUGUAUUAUAUAAAAAAUAAGGGUUAACAUAUAAUGUAUGUUUUUUUUUUUUUUUUUUGGUCUGUCUGCAUGCAAUUUUCAACAAUCCAGUUAUACGUCCACUCCACAGUCCAAUGGUCAUUUAUAUUUUGUUUCUUUAUUAAGGUAAAGGUAAAGGAACACCGUCACUGAAGAAAGGUAUACACUGUAUUCGGGUGGAGUGGGAUGAGGAGUCUGAUGCUAGUGACUGGCAAGGGUUCUAAAGUUAUUUUAUGACUUUUCUUUUGUAGCUGUUGCUUGUCCACCUAAUUAUCAAAAAAAUACUUGUUGGUCUGAAUGAGUGGACCAACACUUGGGAAUAGUGUGAUCGGUGGUGUCUGGUUGGAGUAUAAUAAAUGAUUUCAUUUUUGUGCCUCAAUUGUGUGUUAGUUGAGUGUAUUCUUAAUCAAGAAUGCCUUGAUUUUAAUUUUUAUCCCACGUCCAAGUUUGGUAUAACCAUUUCCUCCUGAUCUACUGCCAAAAACUUAAAUAUUCGGAAACAAUUUUAAUACUUUUUCCCAACAAAGUGAAAAAUUACUUUUACUACUUUGACUUUUUUUUACUUUUUGUGUCAUAUAUCAACUGAAGAUUUCAUACAUUAAUGAUCUGAAACUUGUUACAUCUUUAAGAUGCUUUUCAGAAUAAAAGAGAUGUAUUAAUAAAAAAUUUUAAAUUUCCCUGCUGAUGAAAGGUAUUUUUUAGGAAAUCUGAUGCCUGAGUGAGUGCUUAAAUGAGUUUUCUCCAUGAUUUCUCCAUCAUUGCGUAAUUUUGUAUGAUUUUUACCAAUGUGUAACUUUUGUAAAGUUUUUUACCACAUAAACAGGCUGCUUCAUUGAUUAACUAAACCUUUUCAAUUCAUCGACUAAAAAUCUGUUAAACUACAUUUUCAUUGUUAAAUACUUCAUUCAUUCUGUUGUGUUCAUUCUACACAGUUUUUGUUAUCGAAAUUUUAAAUUAAAAAAUUAAUGUCCGUUUGUUCUAUGAGGAGUGUCAAUAACUUUUGUAUGAUUUCGUUGUUAGUUCAUUUUAUUACGGUUCAAAAUGAGCAGCAUUUUUGUUAAAUCAUGGUAAUAGUUUUUGUUUAUCAUCACUGUUGUAGUCAAAAUUUGUGAAGUUGUAAGUGAAAGUCGAUUAAAACAAAAUCACAAAUCACCUAGUCUUAUCCAUUGAAAUUAUGUUUUAUUAAAAUACUUAUCAUUUGAGACCUUAGAACAUCACGUAGGGGUUAUCAACAUAUAUUAACAUAUUAACGCAGUGGGUCUCCUCCUAUUGGUUCUGACUCAGCUAGUUUACCAUAUAAUAAUAUAUUGACACACACUGGGGUUUAAAAAAAAAAAAUGAAAUUUACCAGACAGCUGAACAAGCUUCUGAAGUUACAUUAGCGCCUACGAUGUUGUUGGUCAGCUCUGGUCACAAUGAACACAAACCAUUGCUGACCGCUAUCUGUUUAAAACAAAGCACAUAGUUACGAGUGUAGAAACUUUGGGCAGACACUGGAGAGUAGAAAGUUAGGGCAGACACUGGAGAGUAGAAAGUUAGGGCAGACACUGGAGAGUAGAAAGUUAGGGCAGACACUGGAGAGUAGAAAGUUCGGGCAGACACUGGAGAGUAGAAAGUUCGGGCAGACACUGGAAAGUAGAAACUUGGGGCAGACAUUGGCGAGUAGAAACUUAGGGCAGACACUUGAGAGUAGAAAGUUAGGGCAGAGGCAGACAUUGAAGAGUAGACACUUAGGGCAGACACUGGGGAGUAGAAACGUAGGGCAGACCUGCUUGGGAUUACAUUAAUUUUUGUUGUUGUAAAAUCAAGAAACAUGAAUCAUACGUAGCCAUUGACAAGACUUGUGACAAAGAUUAGCUGGCUGGAUUUCUGUCGCAAGUCUUGUCAAUUAAUUUCUUUUAGGGUCGGCGUACAUGUGUUGAUAUGCCAUUGAGGCCAAAAAAUGUGCAAGUUGUCAUUGAACGCAACCCCUACUCCCAUUUUAGGGACGUGCGGAAUGGGUACUUGCCCGGGCGCUAACAUAAGUGGGGGGGGGGGCGCCAAAAUUGUCUUUUAAAUAGGACCUUGAUAGCGAAAUUAAUGGACACAAUCCCAUCCUUGCAAAGAAAGGUGGCGCAAAUGAUCUUUUUACUAGUCUUCCCCGGCGGCAUCGUGCCUUUAUUUAGAGUACCGGUAGGUAUAAUUAGAUACCGGUAUCGCCCCAGGCGACACUUUGUCACGGCCUGGGCCUGCGUCACGGCCUGGGCCUGCCCUCCGACCCAUCCCACAAGAAAACAAGUUGAGGGGUCACAUGUUGGAAUACAUUGGCCAGCUAACUUAUGAGAAGAGUUAUGUGUUUUCUG